AUGUUAAGCCAAUAAAAAGAAAAUGAUGAUGAAAUCUUGUCUGAAAAUAAUGAUGGUAAUGUAGAAAUAGUAAAUUUUGAUUAAUUUGAAGAGAGGGAUGAAGAUAUUAUAAUCCCUUUAGAUAACAACUUUUAAUCAAUAUAAUACACGUUUGGAGAAUAAAAUUAAGUCUUGAAGGAAGAAAAGAAUGUGUUCUAAGAGAUUGUUUAAUUUAAAAAAGAAGAUGAACAAGACAAUAUAGCCAAUUUUGGUAGUAUGCAUUGUGAAGAAGACUUUUAGAGUUGGAAGGAUGAAAAUAAACAAAUUAAUGAAGUUGAAUAGGUUUAAUAAAUGAAUUAGAUUGAAGCUAUGACAUAAAGAUAAGAGAAAUAAGCUUAAAUAAUAUAUCAACCCGAUUAUAUUAUUGAUAUGAAAGAGUUCUUGUAAAAACCAAUUGAUUAAUGUAAAAAGAUAUUUUGAAUAUUUUAUUAGAACAUUUAAUAUAACUGACAAUAGUUAAGGAUAAAAAUGGCAUUAAUAAAUUUCACCAUAAAUAUCUAUUAUAUUUAAGUGGUUAACCCAAUAGAUUUUUAUGUUCAGCAAAACGAUAGGCAUUCAGUUAACAAAUUCAUUAUGUAUUAUCUAUACUUUAAGACAAAUUUGAUAGAAAACAUAAAUCUUGUUUAGGAAAGAUAAAAGGAUCUGGUGGAACAUUUAAAUUAUAUGACACAGGUGAUAAUCCAAAAGAUGUGAAGUUUUUAGAUAAAGUAAGAAAAGAAUUAUGUUUGAUCAAUUUUCAAAAUUCUAAAUAGACAGGGCAAAUUAGAUAGAGUGUGAUUAUACCUAAGAUUAAAGAUGGAUAAGCUUAUGAAUUUAAACCAUUAAAUGAUACAGAUGGAUUAUUAAAAGCCUAUUAUUCAUUAGAAUAUAAGGAUUAAAUUAUGCAUUUUAUGAAUAAGAUUCCAAUUUACAAUAAAGAGAAAAAUAAAUAUUAAUUAUAAUUUAAUGAUAGAGUGACUAUGUCAUCUGCAAAGAAUUGUAUAAUACAUGAUAUCAACUGUACAGAUAAAAAUACUUUUGUAUUAUAAUUUGGAAAAUGUGCAAAAAAGACUUAUUCAGUAGAUAUAUGUUAUCCUUUAUCUAUUUUAUAAGGAUUUGCAAUAAGUAUCUCAUAAUUUGAGAAAAAAGAUUGA